AAAGCAAGACAAGAAAAAGUAUCGCCGUUUUUUAUAUUUAGUUAUUCGUGUAAACACUUUGAAAUUGCAGCUUUGCUGUUGCAUAGAUAAAAAAAGGAAAAAGAAAAUUAAAGGUUUCUCAUUUCUUAUUUUUGUUUAGUUGCACUAUAGAAUUGGAAUCAACCCCAAAAUCAAUCCCACACCUUACAUAUAGUCUAUUAGAUUCUCUCAGUUUUUCUAGCUUGCCCUCCUUGCUUUCUUUUCGAGUUUUCUCUUUCCUCUCUACUUGUAAAAUCCAUGGUUGGAGAGAAAGAUCAUCAUGGUGGUGAGGCAGAGAGCCCACAAAAUAAAGAACACCCGGAAGUGAAAAUUGGUUCAUCUCAGAAGGGUCUUCAUUUUUUUCGAGAAUCAAAGAUGGGCUUUGAUGGGUUUGCAUCAAAACCUCAAGAACUCACUCUUAGUUACCUUUGUGAAAAUCCUAAAUUGGGUUUUACCAGUACUGAAAAGGGUAAAGAAGUGAUCUUUUCUUCUGAAAAUUCAAAUCAAGAUGAUGAGAAAUGGGUAGAGAGAGAUUUUAUGAAUCUCAGCGAAACCAAAUCCUUUUCUUCUUCCAAAAGGGAAAUCCAUGAAGAAGAAGAAGAAGAAGAGGAGGAGGAGAUUGAGAGAGAGAAUUGUCCAAGAGAAAAGAAGCCAAAGUUAGAAAGUGCUUUAAAUCUUUCUUUAGCUUUACCUGAUGUGUCUCUGUCUUUAACUGCUUCAAAUGCAUUGCAAACUGCUGAUCCUGUUAUUAAGCCAAAGCCUAGUAGGAGCAUGCAAUCUUUAGGUGCAGCACCAUCAAACAACAACACACAAACAACUUGUUCUAAUGAUUUCACUGCUGCUUCACUUUCUUACUCUUAUUCUCAUCCAUUCUCACACAAUCCUAGUUGCUCUUUGACGCGCAAUUCCACUGAAAAUUAUGAGUAUUCUGUAGGUAGGGAUGAUCAAAUUUGGUGUGGAGGAGAAGGGACUAAUGGAUCUGUUCAUAGUAGGUUUAGGCCUAUUGGAGAUGGGCUUGUUGCUUUGAACAACAACAAUAAUCAUGUUGGUGGUAGUGCUAAUGGAGGAUUUUCUAUGAUGCAAAGUCAUCGUGUAACAAAUAAGGAUUCUUGUAAUAAUAGUCUUUACAGGACUACUAGUUCUGAGAAUCUUUCAUUUUUUCCAUCCGAAUUGCCUGCCAGGCCACGUUUAGAUGCUUAUUCAGGUGAUUCUAGGAGAAGGGAUUCAGAGAAUUUGAGAGGUUUGGAAGGUGUAGAUGCAGGAGGAAAGGCAAGAAAACUCUCUAGACCAGAGAGAAUUCUUCGUGAGAUUGUCUCAGAGUCUAUUCCUGUUAUUGCUCAGAUAAUUCAGGAACUGACUGAAGAAACAUUAGAAUCAACUAAGGAGUACUUGAGAAAUCUUAUUGUUAUGCCUGAAAAGAGAGAUGAACUAGCAGGCCUUCAGAACCGACUCGGAAGAAGAUCUGAUCUUACUAAAGAGACUCUCUUAAAAUGCCAAAAGGAUCAGUUAGAGAUUUUAGUUGCAGUGAAAAUGGGAUUGGUUAGUUUUAUAUCUGAGAAAGUUCGGCUUCCUGCAAGUGAAUUGGUGGAAACUUUCUUGUAUUUAAGGUGUAGGAAUGUGAACUGCAAUAGCAUAUUGCCCGUUGAGGAUUGCGAGUGUAAGUUUUGCUCUACAAACAAGGGAUUUUGCAGCUCGUGUAUGUGUCCAGUUUGUAUGAAUUUUGACUGCGCUAACAAUACUUGCAGUUGGGUUGGGUGUGAUGUUUGUUCCCAUUGGUGUCAUGCUGCUUGUGGCAUUCAAAAAAAUCUCAUUAGACCAGGUCCUAGCUUGAAGGGGCCAAAAGGGACUACAGAGAUGCAAUUUCACUGUAUUGGAUGUAAUCAUGCUUCAGAAAUGUUUGGAUUUGUCAAGGAUGUAUUUGUAUUCUGUGCAAAGGAUUGGGGCCUAGAGACACUGAUAAAGGAACUUGACUGUGUGAAGAAGAUUUUCAAGGGAAGUGAGGAUAUUAAAGGCAAAGAGUUGCACGUUAAGGCUGAAGAGUUGCUCUCCAGGCUUGAUAGUAAAACUAUCUCCAUUUCCGAUUCCUGUAACAUCAUUUUUCAGUUCUUCAACAACGACAUUGCAGAUUUGCCUGCUUCUGGUGUAUCUGCAAAAGAACUAAUGCCAACUGAACCUAGUCUUAGAAAAGAUGUGGCCACUAUACCACCAGCUACUUCUCUCCCUCCAAAAUAUGCCAUUUACAAUACAAGCUCUUCAGGUGGGAAGCGUGAUUCACUAUCAAAUGAUCUCCACCGAAAUGACCUUAAAGCUGCAUUCCUUAGCGACUUAAAAAUUGAGGAUGAGUUUCAAUUUGGGAAGUUAUCGAAGAAAGAUGGACUUGACAGUUUAGAAAGCAUUGUGCGGAUUAAAGAAGCAGAAGCCAGAAUGUUCCAGAGCAAGGCAGAUGACGCACGGAGAGAGGCAGAAGGGUAUCGACGGAUGAUUCGGGCCAAGUCUGAGAAGUUGGAAGAAGAGUAUGCAGAAAAGCUAGCCAAACUGUGUUUGCAAGAGACCGAAGAAAGGCGGAGGAAAAAACUGGAAGAACUGAAGGUUUUGGAACAUUCACAUGGUGAUUACUACAACAUGAAGCUAAGAAUGCAAGCUGAGAUUGCUGGUUUGCUGGAGAGAAUGGAGGCCACAAAGCAACAAUGGGUGUAAUCCAAUCAUAUUCUUUUUUUUUAGCUUUUUCGGUGACAGAUGCUUACAGUGUGUAAUUUGCUUACGUAUUUGCCAUUUUGUGACUUGAGCUUGUUUCUGCAAAUGCAAGAGGCAUGGUUUUUCAGUUACAGACUUGAGGUUUUGCAGUUCAUAGCUUCGCUGGAAAGAGCAAAAAAAAACCAAAAUCUCUUUCUUGUAUAUUUCAAUUUCCUUCAAAUUAUUGGAUUUAAAAGGGCAUCAAA